AGUGAAAGUAAAAUGGCGGACAGAGAAGCAAGGGAAGUUGUUAUUUCCACGUCUUCGUCUGCAAGACUGUUACGAUGGCGAGUUGGUCCUGGCUCAGAAGUUAGAGAAGGGAGUGUUCUUUGUUUCUAUGAAAUUAUUGGUGACGGGGAUCGGGCUGGAUCUUUCAUAACUCAGCCGAAACUCAAAUCAGCCUUUACUGGUAUAGUCCGUGAAUUGCUGGUCGCUGAGGGAGAAAUCGUAGCAGCCAGCAUGCCAGUAUUGUUGAUAGAUGAAGCAGAAUGUGAACAUCGGAUGGUCAUGAAAGAUUUAUGCUGUGACUGUGGUGUUGAUCUCAGAAAACUUCGUGAAGAACAAGAUGAGCCAUCUUCCCCAACUUUGGCAUCUGUGCCACUUAUACAUAACAUUCCUGAGCUAAAAGUGAGCCAAGAGGAGGCAGAAGCUUUGGGAAAAAAGGAUGAGGAGCGACUCCUUCAAACUCGCAAAUUGUCCCUUGUAGUGGAUCUGGACCAGACCCUCAUUCACACAACUAUGGAGCUGAUACCACAAGAUAUGGAGGACGUCCAUCACUUUCAACUACCUGAUCAGCAUGUGUGGUAUCACACUAAGAUCAGGCCAGGAGCAGUGAACUUCCUGAACAGUGUAUCCAGUCUUUUUGAGCUGCACAUCUUCACCAUGGGCUCAAGAAUGUAUGCUCACACUAUUGCCAGAAUGUUAGACCCUACUGGAAAACUCUUUGCACACAGGAUUCGUUCAAGGGAUGAGUGCUUUAAUGCAUUUUCCAAAUCUCAUGACUUGAGGGCAAUAUUUCCUUGCGGUGAUAACAUGGUUUGCAUAAUAGAUGAUCGGGAAGAUGUUUGGAAUUUUGCCGCCAACUUGAUUCGCGUCAAACCCUACCAGUUCUUCAAAGGAGUAGGGGAUAUUAAUGCCCCACUAGGUGGAUCUGCUCCAGUCACAGAAGAUACCAACCCCAUCGGAAAUCCUGGUAAUCGAAGUGAAACUACUACGGAUGAUGCAAAAAUCGAAGAGUCGAAUUCUCGGGACGACAACGAAGGUGGUGUUACGGAGCAGAAGAAAAAUGAUGUGGUGUUUGACGACGAUGGAGAGACAGAACGAAAAGUUGCUAAUCCGGAGACAAAGGAAAUUCAGAAAUUAGAUGAAGAUAUGCAAAUUUCCUCGGAUAGCAGUGAGCCUGUUAUUGAAGACAUCGAGCAGAACAAAAGUGAAAAGAUCACUGGAGAAGCAGUUGAAGAAAUAGGGACCUCAUCCAAAGUAAUGGAAAAUGGCGGAGGUGAUAGCGCCAGCAAUAAAAUUGUUAGAGAGGAGUCGACUGAAAUCCAGAAAUCGAGUGUAAAUACAAGAAACGGAAAACAGGAUGCCGAUGGAAAAGCUGAAAAUGAAUUAGAGCAGCGACCAUCUGAGGGAAGUGUUAGCACGUCAAGUAAAACUGAGUUGAAAGGUGAAGGAGACCAAACGAAAAUCAAGAAAUCACGGCAGCAAGCCUACGCGUUUGGUGAUGGGGACGACGAUUACCUCCUCCACCUGGAGGACAUUUUACGUCGAAUACACGAUGUUUAUUACAAAACUGUAGAAAGCGUUCAAUCGCAGGCUCCAGAAGAGGUGAAAAACAAUCCUAACUUUUUAAAAUAUUGUACACCAGGAACAUCGACUCCGGAUACGAAGAUGAUAAUGACCGAACUACGCCGGGAUGUACUUCGGGGAGCUAAUGUAGUCUUUACUGGAGUAAUUCCUACAUCGACAAUACAAGAAGACAGUCAACCAUGGCGCGUUGCACGCGCCCUAGGUGCUAACGUUAGUAAUGCGAUUGUUACACCCAAAGAUACAAACUCUAUCGGUGACGUAACCACCCACGUGAUCGCAGGUCGUUUAGGGACAGAGAAAUCGUACCGAGCGGUAAAAUCCCGCGGGAUAAAGGUAGUGAAUCCCGGUUGGUUGUUCUGCUGUUUUGAACGCUGGGAGAAGGUGGAUGAGCGUUUAUUUCCAGUUGAAGGCUUAGAGAAAUACAAGCAACAGGUCCGGGAUCAUGGCACACCUCGCGGGACACCUGGAGAAACUGCAGAUACAAGAGCAGUUGAAAAAGCGAUUUUGGACUUGGAUGUUGUUGAUAAGGAAAAUGUGGUCACUAAAUCAAGAUCUGAUUCGGCAAGUAGUGCGGAUCUUCUUAUGUCUACCUUGAACCCCUUAUUAUCAUUUUCGCCGUCGGAGGUCGAAGCUAUGGAUAAAGAAGUCGAGGAUCUUAUGAACGACAGCGACGAGGAGAGCGAUUUGAUAGGAAGUGUGUCAGAAUCGAGCAGUCCUUCUGAUUCCGAAAAAUCAGAAUCAACGAGUAAGCGAAAGCGAGAGAAGGAAAGAGACUCGCCGGAGGAUGAUGAUGAGUUGGCAGGCAAGAAAGUGAAACUUGAUGAUGACGAUGAUGAUGGACAAAAUGAAGGGGAUGAAGAAAAAGAUUCUGAUAAAGUUUCAAGCAGCCUUGAUUCUGACGAUGAUUACACUCGCCGCUCGACACCAAGUGACGAUGAAGAAGAUAAUGAUAUGGCGGCCAUGUUAGAUGCAGAGUUAUCUCAUUCUUGAGUAACGUUAGCUUACUGGGUAAAUUUGAAGAGCUGUUUUUGAUUGAGUGCCAAAAAUAAUAUGGGAUUCUUUUGGGUUUGCUUUACUUCGCACUUUGAUCAGUCUAAAAAAAACGCCACUCUCUUAACCAAUCAAAUGCAAAACUAAAAUCAACCGCGACUUGGUCGCCCGCUUUUUCCGCCUCUCAGUCAGUUUGCUUGGUUUUACUUUGAGUUUUCAUGGCCUCCCAAAGGCAGCGGUUGGCUUUUGUGGUUACUUUGGUUUUGGUUUUACGACACUCAAUCGAAAACCGCUCUAUAAUUCAGGAAUGCAUUUGUUUGCAUCACUUCGCUGUGUUAUUUUUCAGAGAAUCACACCACUUUCACAACCAAUCAGAUGCCGGUAAAACUAAAACCAUGGCUCUUCUUUAUGAUGACGUCAUUUACUGAAAAUCCGCGUCAAGCUUCGUUUCCACCGGCAAAAAAUUGUUGAGAAUCCUUUCUCUCCUCUCGCUUGGUUUUGUGGCCAAGAUUGAUUGGUGCCAACAGGAAAAGUCGUUAUUAUAAUCUGAGGACGUAGUGGUACUAUAUUGAAAUCCAUAAGCUGUAAACUAUGAAUAUUACACAAUCAUAAACGAAAACGUUUCCAUUUUUCCUUCUUCUUCAAAUAAAAAAUCAGCGGAGUGUAAAGAAACAGAGUUACUCAUCACAGAAAUAUGUAUAUUUUUAGUUAUCCAGUUAUUUUACUCGAGAUGUCACGAAUAUCCAUAAACUAACUUUAACGUCUUAAAUAUUUUCAUUGUCAAAUGUAUGUUGUGUAAACUUUUCGAAGAGUGAGUCAAAACCUGAAAAAAAACCUUCAGAUUACAUCCAUAUAAUAGUACCCGAAAGGGUUGAUUACAAUGGGGUCAAUGACACGACUCGUGUGACAUGACAAAUUGCGUGACAUCCCGUGACAGGAGCUUACAUGUUGGAUUGAUGAGUGACAUUAGUUAACACUAUUUACUAGAAAAAAAAGGAAAGAAUCUUGACGUGGAAGUUUACUGUUGGACAUGACUGUUUCCUGCUCUUGGUUUUGAAAAAGGCGAUUAAGAUCACGCUGUUUCCCCUUUCAGGCCAAAAAAACUGCAUAUUUAUUUUUGCACUAUCGUUCUUGAGGUCACCUGUAUGUUACAGCUGGUCUGUAAAUGAACUUCACCACGUACAAUGAGCUGGAUAAUUUCAAAAUAAAGUUCUUAUUAUAACAUGA